CCCCAGGGGGUGUGCGCAGAUCUCAUGUCCUGGACUCAGUUUCUCUGCAACCCAGGGCUGGCUGAUGUCCCCGGCAGGGACAUGCUCGCUCGCCGCGUCCUUGGGCUGACCCGCCCCCUCCUUGUUGUUCUCCUGCAGGCGCUCACCUUCCCCGGGCUCAGCGGCGGGCUCCCGGGCCUAGGUGCCCAUGACGCCUGUCCUGACUGCCGCCUGGACGCCGCCGCAGCGCCAAUGCCGGUCAUGCCCAUCCCGCGGCGGGUGCGCUCCUUCCACGGCCCGCACACCACCUGCCUGCACGCGGCCUGCGGGCCGGCGCGCGCCUCCCGCCUGGCGCGCACCAAGUACAACAACUUCGACGUGUACGUCCGGGCGCGCUGGCUGUACGGCUUCAUCCGCUUCCUGCUCUACUUUAGCUGCAGCCUCUUCACGGCGGCGCUCUGGGGCGCGCUGGCCGCCCUCUUCUGCCUGCAGUACCUGGGUGUGCGCGUCCUGCUGCGCUUCCAGCUCAAGCUGUCGGUGCUGCUGCUGCUGCUGGGCCGUCGGCGCGUGGACUUCCGCCUCCUGAAUGAGCUGCUCAUCUACGGCAUCCACGUGACCAUGCUGCUGGUCGGGGGCCUGGGCUGGUGCUUCAUGGUCUUCGUGGACAUGUGAGGGUGCCAGCGGCCUGGCCCUGGGCUGUGUUUACUGUGACCUGGGCCGGUCGAUGCGUUUGCAGCCUCUUUUCUUGACGGGGUA